AUGUCGCAUCAGCCCCACCAGUAUAACUACGACUCGCAGCACUCAAAAAACAGCAACAACAACAAUCAAGGCCUCAACUUGUCUCUUCCUUACUCUGACGGCGGAUCCUUAAACAUCGACUCUAUCACCGACUACUACACUACCACUACCACUACCACAGCUCCACAACACUUGCACCACCAACAACAAGCUCCAACCUUCCCUCGCUCCACUUCGCCUUACUCUUCAUCAUCCGUGGACCCGCUUGCAACCAACCCUUCGCAACUCAAGCGACCCGCCAGUCCAUACAUCCCCACAGAACGACCAAAACACCCUUGGAACCUCUCCUCGGCCGCCUCUUCUGUCAUCUCGACCGCAGAUAUCUCUAGUUCGGCUUAUAACCCCUCCAUCUCUGACAGACGACGCCUGAUUCAUUCCUGGAGCUCUCGCCCCCAAAGCAGCGUCAUGGAUCCUAACGACCAACACCAGAACCAGCACCAGUUCACGGCUAUUGAACUUCACAACCAGCAAUUCGCCAGCGACUCCACUGUUCGGUCCAGGAAUCCAUCUGGAGCCAGCAACAUCAACGAAUUGGCAUCCCUCUCCGCCUCUCCUACCAACAAAGGGCGCCCAGCCUCCGUCUACUCGACCACUGAAGGACGAGCCGGCAAGAAGAAGCAAGGCUUUUGGGCCAGCAUUAAGCCCAAAAAGUUUUCCUUCCGCCCCGAAGGUGUCAAGAGACCCAAGAAGGCCGACUCUAUCGGCAACAAGAAGGCCAAGUUCAGCAACGAGCGUACCAUGGUGCACUGGAUCAAGGCCGCGAUGUUGAUGGGCAGUCUGGCCAUGACCCUGUUGUCCUUUGGCGAUAACCAGGUUACGCCCUAUGUUGGAGUAUCGCUGUUGAUGACCUGUUUGAUGAUGCUCAUUUACUCAACAACGAUCUUUCAGGUUCGGAUGGAGUGGCUCAAUAUGCGGAGGAAGGAUGUGGUGUACUAUGAUCGGUUUGCGCCUUCGAUCUUGACGUUGGUUGUCGUUUCCAUUUUUAUAUUCAAUGGAGUUAUCAUCUUCUCUGGCGACUUCGAAGUCAGCAAGGAUUUCCUCAGGCCAAGAUAA